AUGGUCUUUCUCAACCUGCGGUCCUGGGGACGCCGAGGACUGUUGUCCCCAGGUAAGGAGCAGAGGCAGCCUCGUGCCAGGAAUGAGUCGCUUCUCCCUCCAUCCUGGAUCGGCGAAAGGCCUGCCAGACUGUCAGGCGUUGCAAUUAAGGCGCCCAAUCGCUUACCUAUUGAUGAGAAUGCAUUUGUUGACGAGACAGCCCCAGAGGUGCAAGCGGGAGAAGAGGUCAAUGAUAAGAAUCGCGCGCCAUCGGAUAACGCUGAGGACUUAUACGAUGAGCAUGAGCAGAUGACCGAGAAUCGGCUACUACUGGAAACACGUCGGGAGCUAGAAGAGCAGCAUUCAGCAGCCACGGAAAAGAUCCAACAAUUGACUCGCCAGCUGGAAGAAUCCCACAAGGAGCAUACCAGGAAGCAACUAGCAGACAGAGAAAAGUCCGAACAGCAAGAUUACCUCCUGCGCCAAUCGCGUGAGGAAGCGUCAGCAAGUGCCAACCGCCACCAGGAGGAGCUGAAUAAGCUAUAUCACAAGCUCAAUGCACUGCAGAGUGGGCAGCAGAGUUGGGGAGAUGAUCAAAUUGUUGAGGCUAUGCGCAAUUUGAACCAGAAUCUAGAUCGUUGGGUCAAAGCCAACUUCAAAGAUGCUACUAAGUUGGAGUCGUGUUUCUCUGCCAGGUGGAAUCUUGUGUUAGGCAACACUGUACGUGCUCUUCGAACAUUAUCCUGUCUAUCAGCCCGCUCAAUAGCUCCAGGUUCCGAGACAGCGUUCCACACCUGGAGGAUUGCUACUAGCAUGGCCAUAGAAGGGGGCACAAAAGAGAAGUGCGAGACUGCAUUCGCCGAUAUCAUCCAGACUGUCGAGGGUCGAUUCGGUGUCUUUUGCUCAACUGACUCUGAACCAAGAAAGCGACAGCUCGAAAAAUUGUUGCGCAAAUGUGCAGAUUUCAAGGUUACUUUGAGCCGGCAGAAACAGGCCUUCUUCUUCCACUGCAGCCCCGCUGGGGUGGAAUUUUCCCUUCCGUUCAUGACUUUCGGUGGAGGAGACGGACAGCCAGCCGGCAAAGUGAGAUGGUCACUGUGGCCGGCCAUCAUGAAGUGGCAUGACGAUACUGGCAGAGAUGUUCUAGAAACCGAGCUGGUCUGGACUAUGGAGUAG